CCGACGGCAUGUCUGGGCAGACGCGCUCGAAGGUGGUCACGUCGAGGGGCAGAGAGAGGCGGUCCUCGUGGCACGUUGCGAAUUUUUGCGUGAGUAGUCGCGGUGUAAAAGCUUGCUGUGACCCUUGGGACUGGGAAAGUACAUAUGCUGAGCUUCUCGCGUCAUUCUCUACCGCUCUUUGUCAAUUUGUUGUCGUCGUUGUCCCCUCUUCUGGUAUAAGUGACAGCCUUCUUCCAGAUCUUCUUCACGGUGACAGUAAUUUCUACAUCUUCGAAUUCUCAACACUCAACUCUGCUUCAAUAAAUCAUAUCCUUCUCUCAUACCCAUCUUCCAACACAACAAAACAUGGCUCUUCGAACAUCAAGUGACGGACAGGGCCCUACUGACCGUGCCUUCUCCCAUGGUCGAGGCGGUGCUGGAAACAUCGGCAAAGAACGCCGCGAAAGCUUCAACAGCCCUAGCGACCUUGCCACCCCUACCCUAAAGUCCGACCACUACACCACGGGCCGCGGCGGCUCGGGAAACAUUGCCAAAAACGACCCCAACCACCCCGAGCUAGCCAGACUCGCUCAAGACGUAGAAGCCCCGGUCAAGCGCGAGCCCGAAGGACCCCACCACUAUGGUCGCGGCGGCGCUGCGAAUGUCGCUGUCGUGAGCGAAGAAGAGGCGCGUGUUGCGAGGGAGAACAAUGCGAGGAUAGCAAGAGGCAGUAGUGAGGAACGCAAGAGCUUUUUGGAGAAGGGGAAGGAUAUCUUGGGCUUGGGGAAGAAGUGAGCUUUGGGCGGUCGAACUGUUGCGAAUCUCUUUUUUCUUUCUCUCAUAUCAUAUUUUUGGGGUUUCGAUACCACCGAUGCAUGGCGCGUGGGAUUUGGGGUAAUUGGUUUGUAAAUCGGAUUUGGGAUAGGUCUCGGUUUCAGGAUUCUAUAAUUCGGGAUUUGCUUUUGUCGGACAUUUCAUAAGGUCGA